AUGUCAACCCCCGAGGAAUUCUCAGCCGUGCUACAGGACGCGAGCCGGCCCACGACUCUUACUACACUUCCAUCAGAGAUCCGAUAUCGCAUUUAUGACAUGCUUUGCGAAGACGCGGCAUCCACAGUUAUUAUUGAUAGAUCGCCGGAUAAGGUCAUCCCUGCUGUAAGAUGCAAGUUUUUAUUCGGAACCUAUCGCUCCAAACCAACCGAUGCGGUCGAUUUAGAGACUCUUUCGGGCUGGAUGGAGAGUUUCCACAAACCCGAGGUCGAAAUAUGCCUACACCAGGUCUGCCGUCUGCUUCGCAAUGAGUUUACGCCUCAUGCGGCUCAACAACUGUCUCUCCGGGUAAUCAAGACCGAUCGUUGCCCCGACCUCCGGCGUGCGCCUUUUCCACCCCUCGUGAGAGUCGUGCCGCAUCUUAUUACCACCGAACUCCGUCACCUCAACCUUGAAGCUUUGCACGGGCGGCAUGUGUGGACAAAAGCUCAUGAGCUGCUAGGCCCGGCGCAUCAGAAUUUCCCCAAAUUGACCCUAGUCUCUCUCGGACACUUCUUCUACGUUUCCGAGUCUUUCAUCGCCAAGCGCUGGCCGCUAGAAGAGCCUGUGAUGCAGAUGGUAUUCAAGGACAUGGAAGAAGAUUUUCUGGAUAUGCGUUUGCAAGGCACGCAGACGAUAUUGCGGUCGUCUGAAACUGAUCAGAUCAAGCUCAAACACUCAGUCUUCUCUGGAGCUGAGUGCGAAGACAGUCAUACUGGCCAGCCAAUCAUCCGUAUGUCACCUGGCAUGUGCUGGUCGCUGGAGGAAUCUGGGAACGGUUCAACCAUUGUUCGCCACAACAUCCUGGAAGAUUACUAG